GAUUUACGUGCGAUUAUGCGACGUGAUUAUGGGUGAUUUGUCUCUAUUGCGUCUCCAUCAGCCUUGGAAAACUACAAUAUAAACAAUCUUCGCACGCGGGCUGACUUUGGAUUGAUUGAUCUUCAGUCCCACGUGCGUUUCUUGUCGAGACGCCGCAGCGGCGCAGCUCCCAGUUUCACCUGCGCUGUUUAAACUUUAAUAGCGUCCAGGCAAAAUGGAGAAACUGAAUUUUUAUGUUGUUUGGUCCCUGCGUGACACUCCUCGACAGUUUAGUUGCAAAUCUAACAGAAGGCGCUUCCAAGUCCACGUUCCGCUGCCUCUCCCCAAACAGCUGGUCAUCUUCGGAUUUGGAGACUGGUCGUGCAAAGACACAGCAUUGUCUGCGGAUGUGGUGGUCAGUGAGGACGUCCAGCCACAGAACAUAGGGACUCUGUCCUCACAGAUAAAGUGUUUGACCUGGGAAGGUGACUGGAGUGAUGACGUCAUCACAGUGUCUGAAGAGAGAGGCAGGAGAGGAAUGUAUGGGAAGAUUGUGUUGAAGGCCUGCAGAGAGGAUAACACCAGUGUCAGCAGCACCCCUUUGGCCCAGAGGAAACUCCAGAUCUCAGGACCAUGCAGUGUGGCUGAUCUCUCCAGCUCAAUAAAGGAAACUCUUGAAACUGAAACGGAUAAGACACCAACGCGUACUGUCAAUAAUCGGAGAGCCCGCCCGACGUGGACCUCAGAUGAAACAGACAGUCUCACAGAGGACACGGACAAAACUCCCACUUCCAAAAGGACGAAACUGUGCAGCAUUAGCAUCCGGGAGAAACUAACCGAGCAGAUUAAAAACGAAAGCAGGGAAGUUUCAGCAUGUCCAUCAAAGCGCUGGAGCCACACUCUGUGUCUGAGUGACCCAGAUACGGCUGUCCUGAUUGGAGGGGAAACUUCGAAUCAGAACUACUGUGAGGAUUCGCUGUGGAAGCUUGAGUUGGACAGUAACUUCUGGUUCCCAAUGAACUCGUCUGCUUCUGGACCAGUGCCUCCAUGUACCCGAGGACACACAGCGACCUUUGACCAAGACUCUAAGGCAGUCUUUGUGUACGGUGGCCUGAGGGAGAGUCAACGCUACAGCGAGCUGUACAUCCUUAAUACUCUGACCUGGAAGUGGAGGCUUGUCACUGUAGGUUUGUUCGAGAAUCACCGCUCCUGGACGAAGUCCAUUCAGGCAAAAGGGAAAGUGCCGGCUUUAUCAUACCAUUCAGCAGUUUUCUACCAGAAAGAGCUUUUUGUCUUCGGAGGAGUUCAGCCAAGCAAUGGACUGGGAGAUAAAUGCAGCAACGCUCUCUACAUCUUCAACCCAGAAUAUGAGCUCUGGUACCAGCCCAUUGUGGAGGGAGACAAGCCUCUGCCUCGCUUUGGGCACUCAGCUACGCUUCUUGGACAGAAACUGGUCAUUUUUGGAGGACAAAUGACUGCUGCCUACUUAAAUGAUCUUCAUGUUUUAGAUCUGGGACUGAUGGAGUACACAGCUGUGAAAUGUGCGAACAGGCCACCAUUGCCUCGAGGGUUUCAUGCAGCAGCUCCAGUGUUGGGAAACAGGAUUUUGAUCAGUGGAGGCCGCAGUGCAAUUGGACCUCUGCAGGAUGUGCAUGUCUUCAACACUGACACCGGCAUGUGGAGCUCAGUGACAUGUCCACUGCUUUGCUCUAAACCCUGUGCAGGACACAGCAUGAUAAAUUUACAAACUGAGCAAGGUGAAAACAGAAAUAUCAAGUGCACAGUGCUGGUCUUUGGUGGGUCUGACUGCUCUGGUUCCUUCUACAACGACACACAAAUAUUUCGCCUGGAAAUCACUGACAAAUGAUUAUAUCCAUGCAGUCGCAGACAACUGAUGUGAAAGAAAAGUGGUUUAUUUUGCUUUAUUCUGGUUUGAAUUAUUCAUAAUGUGACCUCAAAUUGUGUACCAGUAAUAAGAUGUAUGCACUAAUACCUGAAGUUUUGCACUUUGCAUAACAAAUCUUAAUUUGCAUGUUUUGGACAUUACAAAUUUGUGCGUUAUUGUGUGUUGGUAAAACAUUUUUACAUAAUGCUGUGGAAUAUUUUAUGAGUUUCAUUGUUUAAUGCUGAUUAAAUAAAAACACUUGUUUAAAGUACUUUA